GGCCUGUGCGGCGGAUCCUCAGGGCCCGGGCCUCCUCCUCCCCCGCAUCCUGCUGCUGCUGCUGCUCACGAGUGCUCGCGGGACGGCCGGAGAAACGUGGCCGAUGUGGGGUCGAUAGGCGCGGCGCUGGGGGCCGGUGUAGUGUGACUCCUGCACAGCGCUGCAAUAGCUACUGUGUAACCCUGCAGAGUGUGGUAAAACAAGAUGAGUCAUCUCGGUGGCCAAGCCGAGGGUGGACUUAAUGUGACGCUUACAAUUCGUCUUCUCAUGCACAGCAAGGAAGUGGGAAGCAUCAUAGGCAAGAAAGGGGAUUUUGUGAAGAGAAUCCGUGAUGAGAGCGGGUCUCGUAUUAACAUCUCGGAUGGGAACUGUCCUGAGCGUAUUGUCACGGUCACUGGUCCCACCGAGGCUAUUUUCCGUGCUUUCACAAUGAUGACCCACAAGCUGGAGGAGCAGGACAUGAUCAGCACGAUGGCGAACAGCGUAGUGAUGAACCGCCCACCGGUCACCUUGCGCCUCGUGGUGCCGGCCAGCCAGUGCGGCUCUCUCAUUGGCAAGAGCGGGAACAAGAUCAAAGAGCUGCGAGAGUCAACAGGUGCCCAAGUCCAGGUGGCUGGAGAUUUGCUGCCAAAUUCUACCGAGCGGGCUGUGACCAUCUCUGGCACACCAGAUGCCAUCGUGCAGUGCAUGAGGCAGAUCUGCCUUGUUAUGCUGGAGUCUCCUCCUAAGGGUGCCACGAUCCCUUACCGCCCCAAAACAUCCACCACCAACAAUCCGGUUAUUUUUGCUGGAGGCCAGGCCUACACAGUUCAAGGACAGUAUGCUAUCCCCAAUCCAGAUCUGACAAAGCUGCACCAGUUGGCUAUGCAGCACACUCCAUACACUCCUAUGACUCAGCAAACCCCAACAGGCUUCUCCCCGACUGCUGAGGGUGUUGACUCGAAUAGCCAAAUCAGCACACACGAAAUCAGCAUUCCAAAUGAUUUAAUUGGAUGCAUCAUUGGGAAACAAGGCUCAAAAAUCAAUGAGAUUCGUCAAAUGUCUGGUGCUCAGAUUAAGAUAGCCAAUGCCAUUGAGGGAUCCACUGAUCGGCAGGUCAUCAUUACGGGAUCCUCAGCCAACAUAAGUCUGGCUCAGUACCUCAUUAAUGCAAGCCUGGAAUUGGCUAUUCCUCCUUCUCCCAUUAUCGCCCCUGUGUCCAGCCAACUGAACAGCACCCUUCCUACCCCCAGCCCAGUGGAGUCUCUCCUUGCUGUCACCUCCAUCCCACCCUCCACCCCUCUCUCUGCUGCUGCUACUCCCAGCUCCCCGCUGUUGCUGCCUGUAGCAGGCCUUGUAGACACACUUUCACUCCCAACGAUUCAGCCCUGCCAGGCAGGAAGCGAUCACGCCUCCAAUGCAAGUGGGGAAGGUCAAACAAAUAAAUUCCCUGCUAACAUGGACGUCAAAAGUGAACAUCGCUAUAAGCCUUAUUGACUACUGCACAACCCUCAUUUGACAGUGAUGAGCAUUAAUUGGGAUAUAAGUGUUGUUUAUUUGAUACAAGGAAUUAUGCCUCGACAAGGACAUGUGCAUUGUAAACUACAUGUGUUCAUAGCAGACUUGAAUCGAGCCUUUUGUAUUUUUGAUACUGUAGGUAAAUUCCCUUAUUCCCGGAUGUUUGAAUUUUUCAACAGUGGAUACAAAUGUGGAAGUUGAACAUUUCAUUGUAACAUUUAAAUUAAAUAAUUUUAUAUUUAAUGAUGAUGCAGAUGCUUUGCCUUCCACUAUUACAAUGUUGUGAUAAUAGGAAUGUGAAAAGAAAAACUGUACAAUCACUCAUCUUGCAUAUUUUAACGUUAAAUUACAUUGUGCAUUAUUGGCAAGCAGAACACAUUUGACGUAUUUGGAAAGAAAAACAUUUCAGCAUUAUUGUGGAAAUAAUGUAUAAGCAAUCUUUAAUAUGAGGUAGUUUGUUUUAGAUUAUAUAAUUAAUAUUUUUAAGUAUCUUGCACUAUGUGGUGGCCAAUUGAAAAGUAUCAUCUGCUCAAUCUUGUGUCAGCUACAGCACCACCAACAAUCAGGUCUUUAUAAAAUCUAACAUGUUAGCAAUGGGCAGAGCAUAUUCUCACCCAUAGUUAAUCUGGACAUCUGUGAAAAGAGCUUUAUAGUUAAUCGGAUUCUUCCAGUAUAAAUACAUAUUCUGAUAAUUUUUGAAAAAAAGGUCAUUCAUUAUUUUAUUUUUUUACGUGCUGGAGUUGCUUUACGUCUUAAGGAAAAUACUGUAUGUUAGUGGCAUGUGUGUUGCAUGUUUCAUUGUAACCUUAAACCAUGACUUUCCUUUGGGUUUUGGUGAUAUGCUUAAACGUACAUGUAUUACUUCUGUCUCGUACAUAAUCUUACCUGUACUGCAUCUCAAUAAUUUAAAGCACGACUAAACUCGGUUGUGCUUUUUUGCAUGGCCACCCAUAUGUGAAUUGGCAGCUGCAUUUUCUUUGGUUGUUGUGUAAUAAGAAGAUUAAAAAUGUAAGACCACUGUUCUAGUAGUCUGUUGUCUUAACAUGAACCAGUAUGCCAAGUUUAAUUAAUAUGUAAUUUCGUGUACCAUGUCCGUGUAAAUUCACAAAUGGUUCAUUCAGUACUUUAGGAUUAACAUAAUUUGUACUCCCGUAAAUAAUAUUAAUUCAUGCAACGUUUUAGGAUGAUUAAGCAUGCAAUUUUCACCAUUGUCUUUCGACUAUCGUCCAACCCAACGUAUCAAGUUUUCAAAAUUAUUGUUGCACUUCAAUAAUAGACAAUUGUGUUUGUGGAAAGCAAUUCAACAGCACUUUACAGGAUACAGACUGCUGAUGAGACUCAGUUGAUAUCAGUCUGUUUGCUUACUUGGAUAAAACAUUACAUAUUCCUGCCAAGGCGUCCAACAAUGUUGUCACCACGUAUAAGCUACUCCGCUGAAACAUGACAGCAGUGUAGUACUGGACAGGGAGUGCUGUGGGUUAUGCUUUCAUGUCAGAAUAACCCUUUGUAGGUCCUCAUGAGAAUAUCCCUCUUGGCAACCUACCAGAAAACAAUAGCUGUGGCACUUAACAGUUUAAUAUUGCGACUCAUUUGGUUUUUCCCAGCAUAACAGAAUGUCAGCAAUCUGAUAAAAGAUACUAUAAGUAUAGGAUACUAUAAUCCCCAGGACUGGCAUGGGCUCAAAUUGACCUUGCUUUAAUGCGAACAAUCAUGCUUGUGGCCUGUUAUUAAAGACAGGCUUCAGAUUUAAAUGUUCAAAUCUUAUUAACUCUUUCAAUUUUCUAAAGUAUUCAAUUUAUGUUGAGACAUUUAAUAUAACACUGACAGUAAUCCCCAGAACCAAGAUUCCAACACUACCCUGUCAGUUACCAAGUGUGAAAAACUGGUCUUUUUAUUUUAAUAGGUUGAGAAAUUUUUUAAUUAUGUUGUGACAACGACAAACCUUUAACUGUUAAAGAAGUGUGACUCCUGACUGAUAUUUGAAACACUGCGAUUUUACAUUCAUGGUUUUUCCAUGGCGUCAAUUAUCUGGAUUAUAAAACCAAGAAAUUAUUAUCUCAAAACAUCAAUAAAAUGUUAUAUGCUAUGAAGAGCCAUUGCCCAAAUAUCACCUAUUAUAUAUGUUUAUAUUCAAGACCACGAUGUUAUUAAUUAAUGUGUUGCUUUCUUUUCAACAAAACAUCUUAGUUUAAUUUAUAUAGUGCCUUGAUCAAUGCGCUGAACAAUGAAUUUGCUAUUUGUACAGCAGAAUAGUGUGAUGAGAUGAGUUGAUGAGAAGGAUGGUAGUACAUGGUGGAUAUGAUGUGUGAAAUAAACAAUGAUGAAAGUGAA